GUUGAUCUUUUAGAGGAAGGUAAGUAAAGAGGGAGAGAGAGGAGAUGGAUGCAGAAAAUGAGCUGGGGCAACAGGUGGAGAUGGUGGGCAGGGCAUUCGUGGAUCACUAUUAUCAUCUCUUUGAUCAUAGUCGAUCUUCACUAGUGACACUCUACCAGCCCUCUUCGUUGCUGACAUUUGAAGGGCAGAAAAUAGAGGGAGCCACAGACAUAUCGGAGAGGCUGUGCCAGCUGCCCUUUGAUCAAUGCAAGCAUUCAAUUUCCACCAUCGAUUCACAGCCGUCGCCCAUUGCAGGCGGCAUCCUUGUAUUUGUAAGUGGCAACCUGCACUUGCCCGGUGAGGAGCACCCUUUGCGGUUUAGCCAGAUGUUUCACUUGGCGCCAACGAUGCAGGGAAGCUUCUUCGUGCAAAAUGACAUAUUUCGCCUCAACUACGGCUGAACCUAGCGCCGGCGGCCGCCACUUCGCCGUCCGUCUAGCAUCAUUCAUAUAUGUGGAUCUUAAUUUGUGCAAAUCUAUGAAUGGACCGCUGAGAAUUGAUUGCCAGAAUUUGGGUAAUGGCGUUUGCAAUAAAUGAAAGAGUGGCAUGCUGCUUCUACAAAUGAA